AUGGAUCCUCCUGCAAUGUUGGAUGCAGCAGAAUCCCGCGUGCCCAAGUUGGCGGUGAGCGUCGCGUGCUGGGCUUUUCUGUGGACAUUUUAUCCUAAACCAAAAGUGUUUUGCACUGCCGAAAUGGAUUGGAAUGGAUCAGACACGGAAUAUCGUGUGCGUGCCAUUGAGGCUGCUUUUAAACGUGAGCGAAAGAAGCGUGAUGUAUUGGAAAAGAAGUAUGCACGUUUAAAGCGACGCUACGUGCGGAUAGAGCGCUCACACAGCCGUUUGCUGAUGGAGUCGCAUGUGAAAAAUACCAAUAGUGUGGAAACACUUCGUGCCGCGCAAUCAGAGACACUAAGCAGUAUCUUAGAGUCAACACCGAGUUUACCGUCGUCAACGUUUGCAGUGAUUGAUCUCACUAGUCCACGCUCUGGUACAAGUUCUACAGUGAGAAAUGAAUCACUAGAUAGUAUAUCUAGAGAAAUACAAGAGUCACAGGUGGGGUUUCUAUCAAGAGAUAAUAUUUGUGGUGAAAGUCCAAGAUCAUCGCUGGAAUCUUUGGAAGCAUCCACAAGAAGGUCUUGCGACAAUAGUCCAGAACAGGAAGAGAAAGAGACGGAAGAUGAGGAGACUUUUGUGAGGGAAAACUGGCGAUGCAGCACUAAUAGGUCGUACUCGACUCCUGUACGUCGGAGACGUCUGCAUUUAGACUCUACUCUUCGGUCAAGUCUCACAGAUUCUCAUCGCAUGCUCUCAAGUCCAACGCGACGGAUGCAACUGUAUGGACUGCAAUCAGACUAUUCUACCAGCUCACACAGCUCUCCAUUGUCAGCACAUUCUAUGACUACACAUAGUGGAGAACCUUCCAGACGCAUCCGUUCGCAAUUCCACCUGCAUAAUCAUUUGUCAGAACAAACUGCUGCCGCUGCUUAUGGAUACGAAUUGGAACAGGAAUUAGAGCCUCGCGCUUAUCACAGGCAUGAGCGAGACCGCUGGGCGUCUGAUCUAUCACCGGAGCCUUCCACGCCGUCUUUCGUCGUGUCCUCACCAUUGAUGUCAACAAAUACUUUGCCAUUGCCACCGACUGUUCCCCUGCCUGUAUCUCGUCCUAGAGCUCAGAGCAACGAGGAGGCUUCGAUUGCAUUGGCACGAUAUCUACAGCAAGAGGAGAAUAUUGCGGCCUAUGAAGAGUACGAGGCUCGCUUAUUUCGUGAGUCUGUGGAGCAAGAUCACAACCAGGCCACGAGCUCAAUGCUUUCGCGUUUGGUCAGCCAGCAACGCAACAUUGACCCGGACAAUAUGACUUAUGAAGAGCUUCUGAGGCUUGGUGAAGAGGUUGGAGACGUGAAGAAAGAGCGGUGGCGAGAGGUGGCUUUUCAGGUAUUAUUGAGCCUCCCGACUCAUUACUGGACCCAUGGCCACGGCGAAGACACAUGUAUCAUCUGCCAGUACAAUUUCAUGCCAAAUGAUCGAGCUAUGACCCUUCCGUGUGCUCACGUAUUUCAUGAAGAUUGCGUUGGUGGCUGGAUUCGUGAAAACAACAGUUGUCCUCUAUGCAAACGGGAAAUUGCUCCAAUCUAA